UGCAAGUGUACAAAAAAGGCAAACUUUCAUUUUUCAAAAUUAAUAUUUAUUUGAAGUGAUAAUUUAUUUCUAAAAUUAAUAACAGUUGAUUUCUAAGCGUGUUAUCAAUGUUGCAUUAAAAUACAGACAUCAACAAUGGAAGUGGCGGGUGGCGCAGAGGAAGGAUUUGUUAGAGAGUGGACACCUUGUUCCCAUAUUUUGAAUUUAAUUCCGCCUCGCAUACAGAAUGGGUUAUUUUCCAAUGAAUUAUGUUUGACUUGCGUUGACGCUGUGAGUGAAUAUAUUGCUCUCGGGACUAACGUGGGACUGGUAUACUGGUACGAUAGAAAGAAGGGCAACAUCCAAAGGCUAAGAUGCGAGGCUUCAACCAGUCCCAUAACGUAUGUGAAGAUUGUGAGCACGGUGGACUACAUGGUGGGAGCUGGAAAUGCAGCCGGCCAAGUCACCGUGUUCCAGAUCCCUAAGGAGCACCCUGAAAACAUACCGGAUAACUUCAAGCCCAAAGUUGAACCUAAAGUAGAGAGGUAUACAAUAGGCGACCUCCAUAAGAGUAAAAUCACAGCCAUAGAAUGGUCCAAGAAUGGCAUGCGGCUGUUCUCCGGAGACAAGAAUGGAGUCAUCAUCAUGACGGAGAUAGACUUUUAUAUGCACCUGUGCAAGUCGCAAGAGAUCGUGAACGAAGGCCACGAGAUCGUCCAGAUGAGCUACUGCCAGAGCGCGCUGCUCGUUUCCAGCGUGUACCGCAGCAUCGUGUGCGCGCGCGCCGACGCUCGCUGGCGCGUCAGCCAGCUCGGCAAGAAGGAGCGCAAGAGCCUGUGCGCGCUGGGCGGCGUGUGGCAGCAUUCAUAUGCCCGCGGGGGCGCGGCGGGCGCGGCGGCGGCGUUCUGCGCGCGCGCCGGGCUGCGCGUGUGGCGCGCCGACGCCGCCGGCACCGUGCACCAGACGCUGCUCUUCAAGGAGGCAAUAUCAAACCCGCUAACGGUAGCGGAGCUCCUCAACCCGGCCGCCCGAAAGCACUCGCAUGCCGACCGCGAAUACAACUUCGGGCCGCUCCACGUGUUCCGGGAACACUUCCUCGUGUCCCACAACGAACACAUUCUGUAUAUUCUGGACCCGAGGUCACUGACCGCGGUCGCCGUGGUCGACGAUCUCCGAAAAAUCCUAUCGGUGUCGGUGACGAAGGACGAGAUCUUCGUGCUGGAGGGCCCGCGAUCGCUCGUGCGGCUCGCGCACGCGCCCGAGCCCGCCGCGCUCCGCUCAGAGGAGCCGAUCAACCUGAUGACGAAAUCGCUGACGUCAUCGAUCCAGCUGGCAGUGAGCACGGUGCGCGAGCUGACGGCGCUCGACGUGCCUCUCAUCGCUGGAGUGUUGGAGCCAUUCGCGCGCGACAACGAAACAGCUGUUGCGAGUGCUGAAGAGUGCUUCGAGCUGCCGCCCAUCAAGCAUUUACCUGGGGAUAUAUCGGAGAAUGUGCUGGAGUCUAUCAUCAAUGAGUUCAAGGUAUAA